AUGGCAUCGAAGGCGCGGGAACUCCAACCUCACUGGGAGCUACCACAAGCUUCCUCCCAAGCCCGCUUCCCUUCCCUUCAAGUCUACAACAGCCUCACCAGAACCAAAAACCAGUUUGUUCCGGUCGCAAGUGAUGCCGUUACCUGGUAUACUUGCGGACCGACCGUCUAUGACGACGCCCACCUCGGGCACGCGCGCAAUUAUGUGUCGACCGACAUCCUUCGUCGCAUACUGCGGGACUACUUUGGGUUCCGGGUAAAGUUCGUGAUGAACAUCACCGACGUUGACGAUAAGAUCAUCCUUCGGGGCCGGCAACAACACCUGUUUGAGCAGUUCAAACGGGAUCACGAUGCCCAAGCGGACGGGCCUACCAGCGCCUCUGUUCUGGAGAUAACUCGGACGGCAUUCCAACAAUAUGUUCAAAAAAACCUGCCUUUACUACCUCCUGAUGUUACACCAGAAGGAUACAACACCGUGGUUGGUAAGUAUUACAGACGAGUCCUCGACGGCCAGGCCCUAGAGGAAGGUGCGGUCGCUGGGGACAAAGAGGGCAAGCUCAAGGUACAUCUCAAGACGGCAGCAUCAGCGGCCGAAGCCUUGCAAAAUGCGCCCGGCUUGUCUCAAUUCUUGACACAAGCCGAGGAUAUUCUCCUCCCAUACCUUGAUUCUUUGCAUGGUUCGGACAUCGACUCCAAAGACCACAGCAUAUUUACCAAGCUCACUCGAAAAUUCGAAAAUCGAUUUUCCGAGGAUAUGCAAUCUUUGAACGUGCUCGAGCCAGACGUUAUCACACGCGUCACCGAGUAUAUGCCGGAAAUCGUCAAUUUUGUGGCCAAGAUUAUCGAGAACGGGUUCGCCUACCAAACCUCUGACGGCUCGGUAUAUUUCGAUAUUGAGGCUUUCGAGAGGGCGGGACAUUUCUAUGCCCGCCUGGAGCCCUCGAACAAGAGCAACAAGGAGCUGCAAGACGACGGUGAAGGCUCGCUGUCAAAGUCCUCGCUGAAGCGGAAUGACAAUCAUUUUGCCCUAUGGAAAGCCAGUAAACCAGGUGAGCCAUCGUGGCCGAGCCCAUGGGGCGAAGGACGUCCAGGUUGGCACAUUGAAUGCUCGGCGAUGGCCUCGGAGGUGCUUGGUAAGGUCAUCGAUUUGCAUUCAGGGGGCUCCGAUCUACGUUUCCCACACCACGAUAACGAGUUGGCCCAGUCAGAGGCAUACUGGUCGGCCAGUGGUAAUACUCGGGUGCAGUGGGUGAACUACUUCCUCCAUACGGGACACCUUGGUAUCCAAGGAAUGAAGGCUAGACAGAUGAGCAAAAGUCUGAAGAAUUUCACUACUAUUCGCGAAGCCCUGCUCCGACCAGAAUGGACCCCACGCUCCCUUCGCGUUUGCUUCCUGCUCAGCUCAUGGGCGGAUACCAUUGAAGUGACAGAAGAAUUGCUGAAGGCAACAACAUCAUGGGAGAGCAAGUUGAACAACUUCUUCCUGAAGAGCCUGGAAGCUGCCAGAACCAGAGAUGGCGUAUCUGCGGUGGACGGCACGCGGAAGACCAGUCCGGCAGACCAGCAGCUCUUGGACGCAUUUGACAAAGCCAAAAAGGAGCUUGAUGCAGCCUUGUCCGACUCGUUCAACACGCCAGCGGCCAUGCGCGUAUUGUCCGAUCUCAUUACAGAGUACAACCUGGCUCAGGAUCCCUCCGACGACGUUCUCUUGACUCUUUCUCGGUGGAUCACGCGCAUAGUCACCAUCUUUGGACUUGAUUCUGAAGGCGACCUCCUCCAGGCUGACCGGCUCGCAUGGUCCGGUCUCGAGAUCCCGACCCAGGCUCGACCCUAUGUUUACCCAGCCUCUAAGCUCCGCAAUAAGGUCCGAGAGCUUGCUCGUUCCGGCUCCCUCGACUAUGCAGUCAUUGCGCAACACGUUGAUGAGGCCAGACUACCCACAGCACAGGCGACCGCACCUGCCAAUGCACAACCGUACGUUCAGGUGCUUGAGGACUUCCGCAAAGAUACUGGCAGACUUGUGGAGGUGAAAGCAUCUGCAAAAGACUUCCUCCUACUCUGCGACCAAUUACGCGACACGCACCUCUGGAAUCUUGAUAUCUAUCUCGAAGAUCGCGACCCGCCGCUGCCAGCGCUUGUACGCCCCGUAGACCGGUCUCUACGCAAUGCCCGGGCGGCGGGCGAGAAUGCUGCUGCUGCGAAGAAAGCGGCCAAGCUGCAGAGGGAGGCGGAGGAUGCGGAAAAGAAGAGAUUGCUUGGCGAGAAGGCCAAGGUCAGCCACUUGCAGAUGUUCCAGACGAGCGAGUUUUCAGAAUGGGAUGCGGAUGGCGUUCCGGUUAAGGAUGCAAGCGGAAAGGAGGUUUCGAAAAGCAGAAGGAAGAAGUUGGUCAAGGAGUGGGAGAAGCAGAAGGCGAUGCAUGAGGAGUGGUUGGCAGGGCAGCCAAAGAUCUGA